CUUUUGACUUUUAAUCCGAUAUAAACAAACAGUUAAUGAAUCAUACGUUCGCGAAACAUCUGACAGUAAUUAUUUGUUGCUUCCAAUCGAGCAUUCACACUGCACUUCACUUGUUUUUCCACAUCAAAAUUGCUUUUGGACACCCAAGAGACGGAAAAUGGUUGACUACAGCAAGUGGAAGAGCAUCGAAAUAUCCGACGACGAAGACGAAACUCAUCCGAACAUCGACACCCCUUCGCUGUUCAGAUGGAAGCACCAGUGGAGGGUGCAGAGGAUGGAAGAGGCGAGGAAAGAAAAAGACGACUUGAAAAAGGCCAAAGAGUCGAACGAGAAGAAAAUGGCAGAGAUCAAAGUUAAAUUGGCCGAAGGCGAUAGCUCUGGGCCGGACGUUUCGAUGCUGAGAGCAACCUUGAAAGAGUUGGAAGAGUUGGAAGAAAAGCUAAAUAGAAGAGAGGAAGAGCUCAAGACGAAAGAGAGGUUGACGCCCUGGAACGUGGACACGAUCAGUCAACCCGGUUUCACCAAAACAUUGAUUAGCAAACCCCUUCCUGAAGAGGUGAUGAGCAUGCUGUCGGAAAUAGAAAUAAGCAAGCGCAUGCAGGAUUUUAUAAAGCAGAAUGAAAAACAGGUGAAAGAGUUCGGGUCGUUGCAGAGGUACGACGAGAGUCAGAAAUUUUUAAAAGAGAAUCCCCAUCUCGUAUGCGAAGACACAGCGAAUUACCUCGUUAUAUGGUGCAUCAAUCUCGAAUUGGAAGAUAAGCAGACGACGUCCCAGCUAGUGGCCCAUCAGUGCAUAUGUAUGCAGUACAUCAUCGGCUUGGCCAAGCAGCUCUGCGUGGAUCCGAGGGCGUGCGUCGACUCGUUCUACACCAAGAUCCAAACCUGCGACGAAGAGUAUAAGGCGAGGUUUGAAAAAGAGCAGAGGGACUUCGUCGAGAAGAUCAGGCAACGGGCCGCCGAGAAGCUCGUCGAAGCGUACAAGAAGCACAUCCCCGGGGAUCAGAAAGACAGGCUCGGACCCGGGGGGCUCGAUCCAAUCGAAGUGUUCGUUUCUCUGCCUCCCAAGAUGAAAGAAUGCUUCGAAAAACAGGACGUGACCCUCUUGCAGAAGACGGUCGCCGGGAUGUCACGUGAGGAAGUCGUGUAUCACAUGAAGCGUUGUAUCGAUUCGGGUCUAUGGGUACCGAACGAAGACAAAAACCAAACCCAAGUCGCUACAGUCCUAAACAAUAGCGACAAAAACUAAGAAAAAUUGUAGUCUAUAAACCCAUGCAAUUGACUCUAUACUGCACAUUAGGGGUCACUCAUGUCCGCGAAUAGUGCAAGUUGUCUGUCCAAACAAAAACAACAAAAUUACUAACAGCAGUAAGUAUUGUUAAACAUUUAUAUAAUAAAGAACACAUGCUACAUCCAA